GAGAAGCUGAUGAACAGUAGACUGAAACCUUCACACUUUCUCCCCAGGUUCCAGAACAUAAGGUUGUAGAGGAGCAACAUGGGUCGCAGCUGCAGGAGGGAGGAGCCAAGCACAAGCAUUGCAGCUGUGCUGGGAACAAGUAUUUUCUCCUCCCAUUUCAUUCUCUGCUCCCCUUGCAGAGUCCUUGCUGGCAGCUCUGCUCCCUCAGGAGGUACGUGGGGGUUUCUCAGACUCUCUCAGCCCUGCAGGAUGAGUGGUCACAGGAGGUGCCUCACAUAUCUCCUCCUCACUGCCUUCCUGAGGCAGCCACUGGGCACCCUGGGGCAGAUCACCGUCACCCAGCAAGAAGGACCAGUCACACUGAAACAGGGAGACACCUUUCGAACAAACUGCACCUACCGGACUUCCAGCUUUUAUGCCUUGCUCUGGUACCAGCAGAGGAAAGGCCAGGCUCCCCAGCUGGUCUCCUAUCAGGCAGGAACUGGCUCCAAGCGGAACGGCCGUUUCACCACAUCCCUGAACCCCACAGAGAAAUCCAGCCUCCUGCAGCUGGAGGAAGUCGAAGGCUCUGACAGCGCCGUGUACCUCUGUGCUGUGCAGGACACGCUGGUGCAGGAGCUGCCUGGGCUGGGCAAAAACCUGGGGCAGGGAGGGGCUGGGGCUGGCAAGGCUGAGCCUGGGGGAAGGCUUUAUUCUGCGCUGCUUCUGCCCAAAGGCUUUGCAGAGGUGGCUUUUGGUUUCCACCAGGCAGCAGCCAGAGCAAUGACCAACUUUUCCCUGCUGCUCUCUGCUGGCCAUGGCCACAGGACUGUGGGAUUGUGAGGAGAGACACCUGGAGCAGAAGAUGGGGAACAUUCCAAUGACUGCUUCUUUUCCACUCCUGAGAAUGUUGGCAACUCACCAGUGAGGGAUGAUGCCCAA